AGUAAUCGACUUGAUGAGUAAAGAUUCAAAAAUAAUAGCGGUAAAAUUAGUUCAAAACACCAUAGAAAGCUCUAAAGCAGAAUUUGAAACAGCAAACAGGAGGGCAUAAUAACAUGCAUCAUUUGGCCAAACCAGGAAAGCACAACAGGGCAGCCGAAUAACAAUAUUAACAAGAUAAAGAGGAGGAAUGCAAGCUGCUGCUGCUCCUCCUCCUCCUCCUCCUCUUCCAAUCCCUGUAAAAUCCCUGUGCAAUGAGAAAUGUACAGUGGGCUGCCCCAUUCUGGACAGUGCUCUCAAUGGAGGGAUCCCCUGCGGUUCGAUCACAGAACUUUUCGGAGAAUGCGGAUCAGGUAAGACCCAGUUGGCUUUGCAGCUUCUUCUGUGUGCCCAAUUGCCCAUUUCACAAGGGGGAUUAGAGGCCAGCUCUAUGUAUAUUCAUUCAGAGGGUUAUUUUGCCUAUCGUCGCCUUCGUCAGCUUUCACAAACAUUUCUCAGCCAAUCAAAAGCAAUUCAGUCUGAAUUGUAUUAUCAAUGUGAUGGAUCUCAACCUGAAAUGGAUUCACCACAGAAAAAUUGUUUGAAUAAAAGUCAAUAUAUGUGCAACCAAUUUACUCGUGCUGAACCCCAGUUAGACUACAGUGGGGCUCAGGAUAAAUUUGGAAUCAAUCCUAUUAAUGGAUUUAUUGCGGCUAAUCAGCCAUCUGGAGAUGGACUUAUAGUAGGUCCUUUUGGUGGUCAGUCUGAAUUGGUCCAGCUUCAGGCCGAUUGCUAUAAUGGAAUUCAAUCCGAGGUUCUGACCAAUCAUUAUAUUGAUCCUCAGCCUGAGCUGGGAAAAUCUCUAAUCAACCAGCCUAAUGGAUUACACUCUAAGUUGGAUGAUUUCCUAAUCAGACAGUUGGUUCCAGCUUAUGCCAAUUUGGAUAAUGACAGGGCUCAAUUUCCUGUCAAUGGAGGUCAGCCCAAGUUGGAUCAUUCUUCAAUCAAUCAGUCCUGUGGAGCUCAUACAGCAGGGCCAGAUCAGCCUUGGAUGAAUGGCUAUACUGGCUCUCACAUAGGGGCUCAGCUUCCUAUCCAUCAGGUUUUUGGAUCUCAGUCUGAGGUGAGUUAUGAUGAGGCUGAGUUUGAGUUAGGUAAGCUUCCCUUGAAUUGCAGAAUGGUCCAGUCAAAGAGAAGCAUCACAACUACCAAGGAUUCAAUUAAUUAUGAAGCUAACUAUUCAAGCCAACAGGGUUUGGGAAAAAGAAAAGAUGACCAAUCACACAAUGCAGGGGCCAAUGAAAAGAGAAUCUGUUGUCACAACAACUUGGAAGGCGAUCAAGAUAUUGAAUUCUGGGGAGCAAUCAAUAGUACCGAAUGGCAGGCCUUGGAUUCCAUUUCAAAAUCGCAUGCUCCUAAACCUAUUACUGAUGUAACCUUUAACAGAAACAACAGUGAUUCUGGCAUGCUAAAUUUAGACCCUUGCGAUAAUAUAUUUGUUCAGGGUGUUCACACAAUAGAAGAGUUGUUGCAUUUCUUAGACCAGACUGAGGUCCUGUUAUCAAGACCUCUUGGUAUGCCUGUCAGAUUGCUUAUCAUAGAUUCAGUUGCAGCUCUCUUUAGAUCAGACUUUGACAACACUGCAAAUGACAUGGUAAAGAGAGCCAGCCUUUUCUUUCAGCUUUCAAGCAAGUUAAAAUAUUAUGCCCAGAAAUUUAAAAUUGCAGUGGUUGUUACUAAUCAAGUUGUGGACUUUAUUGAUUCUGAGGGAUCCAAAGGUUCGAUGAAUAACCUUCAGCUUGGGAAUUUUGAUUCUCUUGUUUCUUCAGCUCGUAGGGUACUUCCAGCUCUGGGUUUAUCUUGGGCACAUUGUAUCAAUACUAGGCUCUUUUUAUCUCGCAUGGAAGAGUCCAUAUAUUCCCUGGAUUCCUCUUGUAAUAGUUUUAAUAGGACUUUGACUGGCAACAGUUCUGACACUGCAAUGGAUGCAUGCAGCAUCACUGGGAACACAAGACUAAGGCGGAAAAUGCAAGUAGUUUUUGCUCCUCAUCUACCUAGCAUUUCAUAUGAUUUUGUGAUUGAAAGAAAUGGAGUAAAAGGCAUUCCAUAGCA